GUACCAUAUGGUGUUGGUGGACGUUAUUUUUAUUGCUGGCGUAUUUGGAGUGUGUUUCUACUUUUAUAAAUUACCUUUAAGAUGUCUCAUAGCCAUCCCAAGCGUAUUAAAGUAAUUGUAAUUGCACAUUUACUUACUUUUUUUCUAAUUUGCGAGCAACAAUUUGUCAAUUCUGCUGAAAGAACGUCUGCUCUAUCCGAUGCGCAAUUAAAGGAGAUAGCAAAAAUUCGCAGUGAACUGAAUGAGGCACUGGAAGCAGAGCAAGAAAAUGUAGCAGCAAAGGGCGUAAUAGUGCAACCCUCCUGGACUUCCAAGCAGGGCAAGACAACGGAUAUUCAAACCAAAGUCAAGGUUGAGGUAACGCAAGAGCGCAUAGAUGAGGUUAAUCUGCUACGCGCUGAAAUCAACAAAAGCAAGAUCCAACAAACGGAAAAUGAUCAUCAAGUUCAGGAACUCAUAAAGGAGUUCAACGCACAAGGCGCAGGGCGCUCAGCACUUGAAAAAGUCGUCGGAGCUUCACAACCCGAUGGUAGUGAACUUGUAGGCAUGGGUGAGCAAGUCGAUCCGAAUACCCGACCAAACGUGGUGGAAGCUAGUGUGCAAGAAGAUAUGCAUGAAUUCGAUUUGCGAAAGCUUCAACGUCUAGAAAUAUCGCGGCGCCGCUUGCGUGAGACCUUAGUACUUAAAUCUAUUGAAGAAGACUACACAUUUGACCUCGGUGAUGACGUACAACAAUGGGAGCACAUACGACACAACGGCAGCGAGUAUUUUGUUGGACGUCGUGAACAGAGCCUUUUGGUUGUGCACAAAGAAAGCGCCACUUAUCGGACGGGUACGGUGUUAGAGAUCAAUCAACCAAUAACCUAUUUACUCACCUACAAUUUUUGGAAUGACGUGCAAGCACAAACCGAAGGUAUUACACUGGUCGCCACUCAGGAUCGUGUGUUGUGGUAUCGAGUUAGUGAUAUCACACAUAAGUUGGAAUUAUACUGGCAAUGGGUGGUGGGCAAUACCGUAACUGGUCUCACACACUUUACGGUCGAGCAUAAGAACUACCUAAUAGUGUCCACGAACCAGUCGUCACAUAGCGGGCUCUAUACAUUGAACAUAUAUCAAUUUGAGCUUGGUGCACGUGAAUUUUGGAUAGCGCAGCGCAUGCAAUUGGAAUUCCCUUGCGUCGAGACUACCCUGCUCGAUACGGGUCGGGAUCUCGUACUCGCUGUGCCGCAGAACAACACAGCCGCUAUAUACAACUUCAAUCCGCGCGCUGACUCUACCGAUUACUUACGCUUCAAACUAAAACAACACAUCGUAUCCGAAGAUAUUGAGUCAGUCGCUGCUUUUCGUAUGGGUGGUCGUAGCUAUAUCGCAAUUGGUGGUCAGCAGCCGCAAAUACUACUAUAUCAACAGGGUGAGCUUGUGCCGAAAACAAUAUUGGCGCAUAACUUUGGUGUCGUGCAACUGUUCUUUCCCGUUCCGGUGCGCACCUACCGCGAUGAUCUCAUAUUACUCGUGCAACAUCGUGUUGACUUCGCUACUCAUAGUCUCACCGUGCUCGAGACACUCAUUUGGGAUGGCGAGGCCUUUGAGGCCAGCAUACCGGUGCCCUGUAAGUUGGGCGUGCACACUGUUUAUGGUGUUAGCUGCAUGCUGGACAUACAACGUGAGGCGGGCCUCAAAGGGGCAGCAUACUUUCGGCGAGGCGAUGAAGUAUCGUUAAUUGUGCCGCGUCAUAAUGCCGAGUCGGGGCUCUUUCGUUUACACACCGAUUUGCUGGCUAAAAAUUCAGAAUAUUUAGACUUACAGGAUAUUUAUGCCUUUCUCAAGGAUUGGGUGAAGGAGCAAGAUGAUUUGGUGGCACAAGCGCAAUCAUUUCUGCAAAUGGGCGGUCAGACACAACCGGACCUCUCAGAAUUAGAGGAGCUACAAACACCGGAAUUAACUUUCGCAGAAGGCGAAGUGGGCGAAAUUUAUUUAAAUGACUAUCUCUGGACAGCUGAGGAUACACAAAUUGAUCUGGAUCGCGUUAUAACGGCUAUAGAACAAUUAGAAGCAGAUAUAAACGGUGGCCGUCACAGGCGAGAUGCUUUGACGGAUGAGUUAAACUUUGAACAUCUGGUGGUGGACAGUUUGGAUGUGGAACGGUUGACUUUGAAGCAACUUAAUGGUGAAGACUUUUAUGUACAAAAUGGUAUGUUGGACUUCGACGGUCUUCUAAAUUUGCAAGAUUUAAAAGUUUCUGGGCAUUUGCGUGCUGCCGCGCCACGCUCAUCUACCGAUCGGGAUGCUAAUGAGCAGAAGGAUGUUAAGCAUGGUUUAGAUGAAGUAGAAAAUGAGACGCUCGUACUUGAUGGUGAUCUCUUUUUUGAGUCUAUUAAUGGCAUGCGGUGGCAGGAACUUUUGGAGAAUAUGGUAUUCAAAAAUGUGUCAUUAAACUUGACGCAGCUCGAAGUGGAUGGGGAAGUUAUAAUAGAGGACAAGCUUUCACUGAAUAAAUUGAAUUCCCUCAACUUCCCCGAAGAUCUACUUUGGUCCAAUGGCUCUGCAGUUUCCGUUGUGCGCGCAGAAAAGACAUUUACCGAGACGCUCUCUACAAAUGCGCUGGAUGUCGAGGGUCUAUUGAACGGCGUAAAUACCUCAGAUGCUAUAACAUUGCAAGACAAGCAAGAUUGGCAGGGACUGCCCACCUUCGCGGAUCUCACCAUAGCUGAGCUGUUGCAGCUAAACGGCACAACUCGUGGCCGUGAUGUCGACGAACUGCCACACAAUCCGACGUUGAGGGAAGUCCACAGCGUUGAAGCCACAUGUACUUUUAAACAACUGCAAGUGCUCGGUGCGCUCAAACUCAAGGGUCACUACGAUGGCCAGCCGUUAAGUAGCAUACUCAGCGAUAUUGUGCAGCGCCCAGAUGACCCAGAGACCGUUAUCACUGUAGCCGCUAAGAAGCGUUUCAACGAUCUCCAUGCGCCCGUAGAUUUUGAGGUGUUGGAUGGCAAAGUAAAUGGCUUGGCAGUGAGCGAGUUCGUGCCGGUGCAUACCAAGCAAGAGCUUUUCAUUAGCAAUAUUCAAGCUUAUGUUUAUUUUUCGAAUCUGACAAUUAACGGUAAAUACGAUGGUAUAGACAUAGCGGAGCUUGUGGAGAACACAUUGAAAGUCGAUGAGCCGCAGCUGGCUCUCGAGACGCGUCUUCAGUUUGCUGAGGUCAUAUAUGCCAACGCAGUGAAAGUGCAACGCAGUCUCAAUGAGGUGCCCAUCGCAGAGGGUUAUCAAAGCAUAUAUGAAGAUCUGCAAAUACCAAAAGCGCACUUCGAGCAACUAAAUACCAAGGAAGGCCACAUAACGGGUGAUAUUAAGGCAGCGCCGGGUGCCAAAUUAUUUGGAGACCAGCAAACGCAGUCUACGCAAGCGACUGCGCACAAGCAAAUCGGCGAUAUUUACGUAGACGAACUCAAACUCGCGCACGGACUCGAAGUGGACGAGAUUCAAGGCAUUAACGCCAGUCUUAUAUGGAGCUUUCUCGACGAUAUCGAUGAUUUGCCGGAAAUGGUGUUGGACGGCAAAGUGCAGGUGGAUCGUGUUGCCAUAAACGGUGAUGUGCAUGUGCACAAGCUCAAUCAGCAACGUUUCGACGAGGAUCUGCAGCUGACUAUUGUUUGGCUGAAUCGCCCCAACUAUUUGAGCACUAACCUAAAAUUUACUGCGCCGCUCACAGUGCACGGCAAUCUACAAGUGGCGCGCAAUUUCAAUGACAUUAACCUCCAAGCCUUCAUUGACGAUAUGGUUCUGCGCGUGUCCACAAAUGGCACGCAAAAUAUCAUCGCCACAAAGAGUUUCACACAAAGCGUGCACGUAUCAGCUGACACUUAUGUGGACGCACUGAAUGGCAUACUAUUCACUGAUAUUGCAACAAAGAAAACAAUUUCCAAUUUCCGCGGCUCUGUACGUCUGCUGGGCGAACUCGUUGUGCAGGAUCUGGAGAUAACUGGCGCUCUCAACGGCCAACCGAUGUCGAUGUUCAGCAGCUCGUUGCGCUAUGAUCGACCCGCACAAGCGUUCAUUGUGCAAGGUGUCACCCAUUUUCGCACACCCGAAGUAAUGCGCCUGCAAGAUCUUACGGUCUUCGGCGCGCUCAACGAUAUGUCGAAUAUACAAGAGCUCUUCGAGCAAUUGGUUUAUAAGGAUAAAGCCUGUGUCUUGAAGGGUCACAAUAUAUUCACUGGUCGUGUUGGCAUAGAUAGAGGCGCGUACAUACGCAAUUUGAAUGGCUACAAUUUGUUGGCGCUCUUUGCGAAUAUCGUCUAUGUGCAGGAGCCGCAGCCGGUAUUGAUAAGGGCGCCCAUAACAUUUAAAGGUUCGGUACGCGCUGAAAAUAUUUUUGUACAGGAUGCACUGGAGGCCACAACCUUGAAUGGAUUUGGGCUGACGGAAUGGUUCACGGACACCUUGCGACUCGAUCGACCACAGGAGAUAAGUCAACACCUCAUCUUUGCGCCGGGCAGCUUAGAUGGCAAUAGCCUUUAUGCGAGUUAUCUAAACGACAUUGAUCUCUCCCAAGUCGUCACUCUGCACACACGGCAGAAUCUGACAGGAAAUUUAACAUUCUCGGAACUCAAAUUAAACGGACAGAUUUAUGUACAGGGUUUAGUGAAUGGCGUGGACUUGCAAACGGAAUAUUCAAAUACUUUCAUGAAACAUGGUCAUCAAGUCGUCUUCACACCGCUGACUCUGCAAUCGGCUUUGGUGCGCAACAAUCUUCAAACGAAUGCGCCUAUAAACAACGAUAAGGAUCUGCAGGAGGUGGCAACUCUGCAGGGUGAUCAACACUUUGAGUCGCCUCUCUACUUUGGGAACGUUACCACGAAGCAAUUGAAAACCAAAUUUUAUGUUUCCGGCAUAGAUUUGAACAAAUGGUUUCAAGGCGCUCUACGUUCUCGAGGCAAACCUCAACAACUUAUCACCGGCAACUGGAGUGUGCGUACAUUAACCGUAAAAUCCGGACCAACUUUACCCGAUUACUACAUUAACAGUGGCCGACCCAGACCGCUACCCUUUGACGCGCUCAUACGCAAUGUGCGUGAGGGCAAAGAUUACGAGCAUUUGUGUGAGAAGUUCCGCGGGCUGGUGCGGAAACAACAAAGACGCGGUUAUUACUUGAAAUAUCUGGAACGAAGCUUUGAGUUGGCGUUGAGCAUGUUUGGCGACAAGCAAGCGGCGCAACAUGAAGCCAUAAAUACAGUUUUCUCACUGGGAAAAGAUGGCGCCAAUUAUUUGCUUAUAAACACAGGUGCACGUACCCAUCUAAUGAAGUGGCAACCACAGAAGGGAAAUUACGUAAAUGUGUGCAUUUUCGUGAGUGGCGCGCUAGAUCAAGCUUUCGCGGUAAUGCGUGCGGAGGAGCUUGAAUUCAUCACUAAUAAAGCGGGUGUAGAAGGCGCGCUUAAGCAUUGGCGUCUAUCGGAUGGUAAAGUUAUUUUGGUAAGGACGUACGAAACUACUGCCACUGAUCUACUGUUAACCGUUAAACUUUACGCUCUACACGAGAAUAUUCUGUACGCUCAUAAUUUAAGCGAGUCUAAACACAGCGACGCCUGUUCAUUGCCGAAUGAGUGGGGCAAGCAGAGUUUUCGUUUUGUACCACAACACAUACCGACGCUCAUGCUUACCAAUGGUGCAGUGAUUUUACGCGCCGACGACGAUGACGACGCGCUGAGUGAACGAGACAAACGCACCACCGCGCCACGUUAUAGUUUACCGCUUUAUUAUCAGCGCGUGAUCUCACCACAGGCGCAUAAGCUGAGCGAGGACGCGGUGAUGCUAAAGCCGAACGCGUCAUAUGUAACACAUGAAUUUCGCUUAGCCGACUUUCGCCGCGUUAUCGUUAACAUACUGGAAGAUCUCAACUAUCGUCUACAUCUCGAGGUUAAUAUCACUCAACUGAGCAUACCGGAGACGGACCUGCAUGAUGAACAUUUGAUCGCGGAUUUCCUCGACAUCAUGCAGCAGUUGAGUACGCAGCAGAUUUAUCCGAACGUCAGCUUUGAGAGUUUGGAGUAUAAUAUUUUUGAUAUGCCCGAAAACCCAGCGCAGAUUUUAGCCGCGCGCACAGUACAAAUCCUCUGGCCACAUAUUGUCGAUAUGGCGGAAAUGCAAGGUUAUCUGGCGACGAAUAUAGACGAACAUGAUGUGACGGUCGCCAAUAUAUUGGAACAGUUGGGCACUACAGUUCGGGAAGUGCUCGUAGUGGCUAACAGCGAGGCGCAUAGUGAGCAGGUGGCGUCAGCUGCUUAUGAUGCAACAGCAGAGCAUGCCUGGGAGCUGAGUUUAGUUAUCGAACGCAUACGCGCACUACAAACGUACUUAGCGCGCACAGCGCAUACGCUCAAAACACAGUUGCGCGCAGCGACAGAAGUUGAAGAAGAGUAUGACGAAGAUGAGGAUGAAGAAGAAGUGGAUCCAGAUGAAGCAAACGCUGAUUUGUUUAUGAGCGCUAGCGAAUCAAUUGUGCAGACGCAGCUCGCCAAAAAUAGUACGCUCACAAUCGGUAACUUUACUUGGUCGAAAUUUCUUAGUACAAAUUUACCAGCACCGGGAGAGGGCGAAAUUUUACAAAUCAUGCUAUUGGCGCUACAGACGCCACUCGAAAUUUUGGCCGUCACACGACGCGCGCCGCAACCACUGGUGGGAGUUACACAGCAGUCGGAAAUAGUGCUGUAUCUGGAUGUCUUAAGAGAUGUACGCUUUCAAACUAUAAGCGCGCGUCAGCCGACGCGUUCGCUGAGCACUUUACAAAUAGCCAGCGAAACGUUGCUGGCCUACGUUGAGGGCUGUUGCACGGUACGUGUGCUAAUCUAUCGAGGCGUACAGGGUUUCAUAGAGUUCGCAAGCUUCGAAACCGACUCAGAGGUAUUGAAAAUAUUCACUGUCGCACUGCAACAAGUUGGCGAUGUGCUGGUGGCGCAGCCGCAUUUGGGCAUUGUGCAUGAUAUGAAGAUUGUAUACUAUCGAUUUGUAGGCGCAGGCUCGGUGCUGCGUUUGCCCGAAGACUUUAAUUGUACCUAAAUGUGAGUUGUAUGUACGAUUGCUAAACAAAAUUCAUAUAUAAUAAAAUAUACAUACAUAAUAUAUACAUUUUGUUAAUAAAAAUAUU